AUGGCUGUGGCUCUCCCCAAGGAGGUGGCACUUCCCAAAGAAAUUGUGCCUCAGGCCGUCGUUGCCUCUAUGGAUGAAGUUGAGAGCAACCCAUGGACGCUUGUUUCUCCUGAUGGUACAUGUGGUGGCAGCACCAAGUACACUUGCGUUGGCUCCCGCUUCGGCGAUUGCUGCAACACAUACGGGUUCUGCGGUAUCACAGACGCUUUCUGCGGCGCAGACUGCUUCGAGUUGGCUGGACUCUGCAGUGCCGACUUGCAAGGCUCCAACACAAUCAACCGUCCCAAGGCCACUCACGUACCCUGGAAACCUACUGUACACCACGAUCCUCACUUCAAGCCUUCUUACGUGAUCGACAAUGGCGAGAGAGCCCCCAACCAAGUCUGGUCAUGA